AACGCCAUUUCAAACAUUGAGGCAGCGGCAGGACUAAUAAAACCCCUUUUCGGCGGGCAGGACUACGCGACAGAGGUGUGUAACGAUAAUGAAGUCAAGAGGGUAAAGGCGGAAAUUGAGUCUCUAUUAACUCAGAAUUAUGAGGACUGUGAAGAGUAUCGUUGCACGUUUGACGAGUUUCGACACCUGUGGGAAACAGAUCGAAAGAAGGCGUUUACGGAAUUUUUGGAAAAGGAUAAAGUUCCCAGGCGACGCACCAGCUACACAGAAGAGGACUUGGCUAAAGAGCCUCCUCCAACGACAAGCGGCGAAUAUUUUGGUGUCAGUCUGCAAGAAUUUGAUCGGUCCAUUACAGAAUAUGAGCGUAUCAGCACGAGAAUUAGCAAUACGGAAGAAAGACGUGUAGUGAGUUUUGUCUCCAUUGACGUGAAGCCUUUUCGCGCGGCCUUGCGGGACAUCUGCAAGAAGUGGAAAGAGAUGUAUUCAGACUAUUUGAUGAACAAAGUAUCAGCGGACUUGGAGAAUCUUUACGAAUUUAUGAAAGAGGCGGAUAAGGGACUGGAUGUUGAGGUGCUCGACGGGAAUGUGGAUUCCCUAAAGUGUGUCAUGCGAUGGAUUAGAGAUUGCCGUCGAAAGAACAAGGAGGUGAUGGGCGAGGAAGAGAAUAUUGAAACAGGUGGCAUGUUUCCUCCCAUUCAGGCUGCUAUCCGCAUGCUGAAGAGUCACGCAAAUACCUCUUCCGCUUUGGAAGUGGAGCUGGCAAAAAUUGAAAAAUUGGAUGAGCUUCGGAAACCUGCCCCUGACCAAUGGGUUGCGCUGAACAAGAAGGCUUUGAAUGUGCGUGCACAGAAUUCCAUUGUACAGGACAGAGAGGCGGAAAAGGUCAAGGAGCAAGUCAUGCUUUUUGAGGAAAAGCUUCGCAAUGAGGCACAAGAAUUUAAACAAAAGCGUCUUUUUGGUUAUCCUGUUGAUCGUCGUACCGUCUACGAUGAACUGGAUGAUGUUUAUAAACACUUUUUGGUGAUUGAACAUGAGGCGAAGGAACUACAAAACCUCCAGGAGCUUUUUGAUUUAAAUUCUGCGCAAUUUAAGGAAAUUCGAGAAUGUCGCCACGAGCUGAUGAUGUUGAAGCAGGUGUGGGACCUGAACGAGCACGUGAUGUCUCAGUUCAGUGAUUGGAUGAAGUCCACAUUUAAGAGCGCGGACGUCUCAUUGUUUGAAGACGAGUGUAAAAAGCUCUCCAAACAACUUCAACAGCAGCCGAUGAAAGUCAAGUCGUGGGAUUGUUUUAAGGGCGUGGAUGAACAGGUGCGUAACAUGCGGACCUCGUUGCCAUUGUGUCAAUCGUUGAGUUCUCCUUCCAUGCGACCACGACAUUGGCAGCUGUUGGUGACAACAACCAAGCAACCGGGCAAUAUUGACCCGGAGGCAAGUGAUUUCACGUUGGAGAAACUUUUUGCCCUGGGGCUGCACAAGUUUUCGGAAGAAGUUGCAAACAUUGUUGAAAAGGCCGACAAGGAAUUGAGGAUUGAGACAAAUCUUAAUAAAAUCAUCGAUAUUUGGGAAACAAUGACGUUUACAUAUACAUUGGACAAGGAUCUUGACACAUAUCUUUUAGGAUCUGUGGAUGACGUGGUGGAGCAGUUGGAGAAUGACAACAAUGCCCUUUCUUCUAUGCUUUCGGACCGAUUUGUGGAAUACUUUUAUGAAAGGGUCAUCCUCUGGCAAAAGAAUCUGGGUGCCGUUGAUACGUGCACUGGGAAAUGGAUGGAGAUACAGCGACAGUGGAUGAACCUAUUUCCCAUCUUUGUCCGCUCCGCAGACAUUAAGGAGCAACUUCCUGAGGAAGCGAAGAACUUUGCUGAGGCAGAUCAGGUCUUUCGAGAUCUUAUGAGCAAAGCCCACAAAUACACGAACGUCAUUGAGGUUAUUUGUAGCGAUACUUUAAAAAAUGAACUGGGGCGAGAUGAGGAACUGGAUCUCACGCUAAAUUACAUCCAAGAAAUUUUGGCACGGUGCGAAAAGGCUCUUGCAGACUACUUGGAGACAAAGAGAAAGAUUUUUCCACGAUUUUUCUUUGUUUCCGCGACGGAUUUAAUUGACAUUCUCUCAAAAGGCUCGGACCCAAGAGCCGUGAUGGUGCACAUGAGUAAAAUUAUUGAUUCUGUCGAUACUUUUACUUUUAAAAAUGAUCCCAAUUCUCUCGUGGGUUCGAAGGACACAUGUGAAAUGGUCUCUGUACAGGGUGAGAAAGUGAGUCUUGCGGAGAAUUAUACCUGCGAGGGUCCUGUUGAAAUUUGGCUUGACGGUCUCAUUGGCGCCAUGAAGAAGGCAGUGAAGAAGCAAAUUAAGGAAGCGAAUGCGAGUUAUAUUGAAAAACCACGCAAUGAAUGGAUUUAUCAAUAUCCAUGUCAGGCAAUUAUUGUAGCCUCACGCAUUUGGUUUACCACGGAAGUUCAUCAGGCAUUUAUUCAGAUUGAGGAAGGGAAUGAUCUUGGUAUGAAGGAUUGUUUGAAAAAUCAGAAAACCCAGCUUGACAGUCUCAUCAAGGAGGUGCUGAUUGAUCGCACAUCGAAUGAGCGAAAAAUGCUUGUUCAUCUUAUCACUAUUGAUGUCCAUAAUCGUGAUAUCGUGCAGUCUAUGGUGGAUGAACGUGUGGAUGCCGUGGAUGCCUUCACUUGGCAGUCCCAGCUACGGUACUACUGGGAUGAAACGAAGGGGAAUGAGAUUCGUAUUGCGGAUGCUGAGUUUAUUAACGGUUACGAGUAUAUCGGUCUCUGUGGUUGCCUUGUCAUUACCAAACUCACAGAUCGUUGCUACAUCACGCUGACUCAGGCCCUUCGUUUGAAAAAAGGAGGAGCCCCUGCUGGGCCAGCAGGAACCGGAAAAACCGAAACGACUAAGGACCUUGCGCGUAACAUGGGGAUUGCGUGCUAUGUGUUUAAUUGUUCAGAUCAAAUGAAUUAUAUCACGUUGGGACAAAUUUUCAAGGGUCUUGCUAUGUCUGGUUCGUGGGGUUGUUUUGACGAGUUCAAUCGAAUUUCCAUUGAGGUGUUAUCUGUCGUCGCGACGCAAGUGGGCUCCAUCCUAAAUGCGUUGAAGGAACAGAAACGGCGGUUCCGCUUUAUGGAUGAGGAAAUAUCUAUCAUUCGUUCGGUUGGUAUUUGGAUCACAAUGAAUCCCGGGUAUGCGGGUCGUACGGAGCUUCCUGAAAACAUCAAAUCUCUUUUCCGGCCCUGCGCUAUGGUAGUUCCGGAUCUUAAAAAUAUUUGCGAAAUUAUGUUGGCUGCCGAAGGGUUUGGGGAUGCGAAAGAUCUUGCGCUGAAGUUUGUGACGCUUUACCGGUUAAACAAGGAGCUUCUUUCACCUCAGGACCACUACGAUUGGGGUUUGCGUGCCGUUAAAUCUGUGUUAUACAUUGCCGGUGCCUUGAAGCGUGGUGACCCAGAUAUCCCAGAGCGUAAUGUUCUUAUGCGUGCGUUGCGUGACACGAAUAUGGCGAAGCUUAGUAAAGAUGAUGUUUACGUGUUUAUGGGACUUAUUCGCUCUCUUUUCCCCAAUUUAGAUGUUCCGAAAAAGGACAAACCCGAUCUUGUUGCCGCCUGCAAGGAGGUUUGCCAGAAACACGGCAAUCUCCCUGGUGAAAAUGACAUCUUUAUCUUAAAGUGUGUACAAUACGAGGAGCUCUUGCAUGUUCGUCACUCAGUUUUUGUUUUGGGACCCGCUGGUUGUGGUAAAACCGAGUGCUGGAAGUGUCUACAGGGCGCACUCACCAAACUUCACAAGGAUGAGUGGAAGGCCAAAGCUGUCUCUUCCUGCCUCAAUCCAAAGGCCAUUACCUCCAAUGAAUUGUAUGGAUAUUUUACUCCUAAUAAAGAGUGGCGAGAUGGCAUCUUAUCUAUGAUCUUCCGUGAAUAUGCGCUGGAAUCCAAGAAGAAACGCAACAUGAAGUGGAUUGUGCUUGAUGGUAUUAUUGAUGCUGAAUGGAUUGAGUCUAUGAAUACUGUGAUGGAUGAUAAUAAAAUGUUGACGCUAGUGUCGAACGAACGUAUUCCACUGACAGACUCUAUGCGUAUGAUCUUUGAAGUGUCUCACCUACGCAACGCCUCACCUGCUACCGUAUCUCGUGCAGGUGUUGUCUUCAUCAACGAAAGUGAUCUCGGCUGGGGCCCCUUCAAGGACAAAUGGAUUGCCACAAGAGACAAACGUGAGGGAACCAUAUUUGAUAGUCUUUUUGACAAGUAUGUUCCUUUUGUGUUUGAGUUCUGGAAGCGUAGCAUGCGCCCCAUUGUCUCGAUUAUGGAUAUCAAUGUGGUUCAGACCAUUUGUUUUAUUUUGGAAGGCAUUUUUACCCAGGCGACUCAAGAGGAAUUGUCCAAACAUCCGAACCAUUUUGAGGUGUAUGAAAAGUACUUCGUCUUUGCGGUUAUUUGGGCCUUUGGUGGUCCAUUGCCAGGGUCGGAUGGACGCAUUGACUUGCGGCUGAACUUCUCCAACCAGUGGAAAAAGGAAUUCUCGAACAUGAAGAUUAGCGAUUUGGGCUCGGUCUUUGACUUUUACGUGGAAAAGAAAAAGGACGAAAAUGGGCUGAUCCAAUACGAGUGGAAGCCAUGGAGCGACCUCGUCCAGCCGUACGUUCCUGACCCGGAUAGGCAGCUUUCGACGGUGUCUGUUCAGACGGCAGAUGGUGUGCGUAUGUCGCACCUAAUGAGUUUGCUCGUGGACAAUGCCAAAUCAGUCAUGCUUGUUGGAACCGCUGGGACGGGCAAAACAAAUCUAAUCAUGUCAAAGUUACGUUCAUUGGAUCAUGAGCAUGUCUUAUUCCGUGUAAUUUCCUUCAAUGCCCGCACCUCUUCGAGUGGUCUUCAGGCUGUGAUGGAACAGUCACUGGAGAAGCGCUCUGGACGAACAUAUGGUCCCUUCAACCGUAAAAAAUUGGUCUUUUUCCUUGAUGAUAUGAACAUGCCUGCCCCGGAUAAAUACGGUACACAAGAGGCCAUUGCCCUCCUUCAACAGCACGUCAACUAUGGAUUCUGGUACGAUCGUGUGAAGAUUAUACAGAAGGAGGUGGUGGACCUUCGGUACGUUGGCGCCAUGAAUCCGAAGUCGGGUACAUUUACAAUUUUGGAUCGUCUUUUGAGACAUUUUGCCGUGUUCUCCACAAAUAUGCCAGAGAGAGCAGACUUGAUAAGUAUUUAUGGACAAAUUCUUCAGGCACAUACUCAUAAAUUCCAGCGCGACAUUCGAGAUACCAUGACAACUCUUAUAACCAAUGCCUCCAUUGAGCUUCAUUACUUGGUUUCUAAGCAGUUUUUCCCAACUGCCGUGAAGUUUCACUAUCAAUGGAAUAUGCGUGAAAUGUUCAACAUUUUCCAAGGAUUAUGCAAAUCGCACCCCAAAAUCCAUACGACAACAGCGCAGAUGGCACGACUUUGGGUUCAUGAGUGUAACCGUACCUUCCGUGAUCGUAUGGCGGAUGCAGAUGACUUGGCUCGCUACGAUGCAUUGCUUUUUGAAGUUAUAGGUCGUGCUGGAUUUCCUGACGUUAAUCCAAAGGAGUUGGUACAAGACUCAUUUUUGUGGGCUCCGUUUCAUACCUCCCCAGAAGGCGAAGAGAAUGUGUAUGAUGAAAUCACCCUUGAUUCUGCACAGGCCUAUCUUAUCAAGAGGUUGAAAGAGUACAAUGAAAACUAUGCUCGUAUGGAUCUUGUGUUGUUUAACCAGGCCGUUGAGCACCUUUGCCGUAUUGCACGUAUCACAUCUAACCCACGUGGUAACGCCUUAUUGGUGGGUGUCGGAGGUUCUGGAAAGCAAUCCCUUGCACGGCUUUCCUCCUUUAUUAAUGGUCACGACAUCUUUCAGAUUCUCGUGACAAGCACCUAUGGCAUUGCCGAUUUUCGUGCGGAUAUGCAAGAGUUGUAUCGCAAGUGUGGCUUGAAGGGGUAUCCGUUUGCCUUCAUCAUUACCGACACCCAGGUAGUGUCUCAAGAUAUGUUGGUGUACCUUAACGAUAUGCUUUCCAGUGGCAAUGUUCCUGAGUUGUUUAACCAAGACGAACGUGACGGUAUCGUUGGCUCCAUUACGAAUGAGGUAAAGGCUGCCGGUUAUACAGACUACUCAAACCCUGAUGUAUGCUGGGAGUAUUUUAUUGGCAAAGUCAGGUCCCAUCUUCACAUCAUCUUGUGCUUUUCGCCAGUAAGCAAGAAUUUUGCGGCGUGGUGCCGCCAAUUCCCUGCACUGGCGAACACGACUGUGAUUGAUUGGUUCUUGCGUUGGCCAGAGCAGGCUUUACGGUCCGUCGCACGGAGAUUCCUGUCGGAGAUUGAAUUGGGAAGCCCGGAGAUGACGCAGAACAUCGCGGAUUUUAUGGCGUUUUGUCAGAAGAAAGUUACAGAGACGUGUGAGGAGUAUUUUCUACAGGAGAAGCGACGUGCUUACACAACACCAAAAUCCUUCCUGGAGCUUAUUGCCUUUUACAAGGAACUGCUCUCGAAGAAGCGUGAGGAUCUAAAUGACAGGAAGCAGCGUCUGGUCAGUGGCAUUGACAAGAUUAAAGAGGCUGGGGUGCAGGUGGCAGCCCUGCAAGAGGUCCUUCAAAGGGAAAGUGUGGAGGUAGAGGAGGCACGACAAAAGACCGCGGCCCUCAUGGAGACAGUGGGGCGAGAGAAGGCCAUUGUGGAAGAGCAGAGUGCCAUUGCCGCCAAGGAAGAAGAGAAGACGAACAAAAUUGUCGCCGAAGUGGAAAACUUUGAAAGUCAGUGCGCUGAAGAUUUGGCAAAAGCAAAACCUUUGGUGGAGGAGGCGCUUGCGGCCCUUGAUACACUGGAUAAGGCUUCUAUUGCGGAGCUUAAGAAUUUGGGUAAGCCUCCAGUGGAUGUGCAGAUGGUUGCCAUAUGUGUUAAGGUUUUGACGUCUAAUCCUCGUGCAAUUCCUUCAGUAAAAAAUCGAACCUGGGCGGAGUGCAAAAAGAUGAUGAAUCAGGUGGAUCGGUUCUUGGCGGAACUAAAAGGGUUUGAUGUCAACAAUAUCCCACAAGUCUGCAUUGAUCAAAUUCAAAUGUACAUUACAAAUCCUGCCUUUGAUCCCGACAACAUUAAAACCAAGUCAUUUGCGGCGGCUGGCCUGUGUAAAUGGGCUAUUGGUAUCAACAAGUACCACUUGGUGCGUUGUGAAGUUCGUCCCAAGGAGGAGCGGCUGGCGGAGGCUCAAGAGCGUUUGCAUCAGAGUAAAACAGCCUUAAAGAAGAUUCAGGACAAGGUUGCAGAUCUAAACGCCAAACUUAGCGCUCUCAUAUCCCAAUACGAUGAGGCUGUGGAAUCUGCAAACGCCAUUCAACUAAAGGCAAAGAAGACACAGCUCAAAAUGGAUCUUGCUCAACGUCUUGUGAGUGGUUUGGCCGAUGAAAGUGUCCGAUGGGGCAACACUAUUCAAGAACUUCAGGUUGCCAGUGAUCUUUUGGUGGGUGAUGUCCUUUUGGGGGCCUCAUUUGUUUCAUACAUUGGUCCUUUCUCAAAGGCCUUCCGUGAGCGCAUUGUGGUUGAGGAUUGGGUGCCCAAAGUGAAGGAGCUGGGUAUUCCAAUGACAGAGAACCUUGACAUUACCAUGAAUGUCCUCACAUCGGAGGCGAAAGUCGCCUCGUGGAACAACGAAGGUUUACCUUCCGAUCGAAUAUCUACAGAGAAUGGUGCGAUUUUAACAAAUUGUACCCGAUGGCCACUACUCAUUGAUCCGCAACUGCAGGGCAUCAAAUGGAUUCGAACGCGUGAGGAAAAGAACGGACUGAAGGUCAUUCAAACAUCACAAAAGACAUGGCAGCGAACUCUUCAGACGUGUAUCGAACAGGGACUUCCAUGUGUGAUUGAAUCUUUGGGUGAAUUUAUUGAGCCAGUCUUGGAUGGUGUUCUGAGUCGACAGACCUUUAAGAAAGGAGGCCGUGUGUAUAUUAAAUUGGGUGCGACAGAGGUGGAAUAUCAUCCCAGCUUCCGUUUGAUCCUACAGACAAAGCUUGGCAAUCCGUCGUAUGGCCCCGAGGUAAAUGCUCAAACCACAUUAAUCAAUUUUAUGGUGACCGAAGUUGGCCUGGAAGAUCAAUUGCUUGCCGUUGUUGUGAACCAGGAGCGGCCGGACUUGGAAAAUAAACGAGGAACCCUUCUUCGCCAGAUGAACACGAUGACCAUUGAACUUCAGAAGUGUGAGGAUGGCCUACUUUUCGAGUUAACAAACGCUACAGGCGAUAUCUUGGAAAAUGUCGCCUUGAUUGAGAAUCUUGAGAACACAAAGAAGAAGGCAAAAGAAAUAAAUGCCUCUUUUGCCCAAGCCGUUGCUACCCAGAAGGAUAUUGCUCAAAAUCGCUUAACUUAUACUUCCGUGGCCGUACGUGGGGCGUUAUUAUUUUUUCAAAUUGAUCAGCUUUGGAAGAUUGAUCACAUGUACCAAUACUCUUUGGAAGCCUUUAUGGUGGUUUUCAAUAAGGCCUUGAAGAGAGCUGUACAACCGGAGGACAGAAAAGAUGUACAUAAGCGUGUAGAAAACGUGCUUCAGUCUAUUAUGGAAUCCGUUUUUGCGUAUGUCUCACGUGGUUUGUUUGAGCGACAUAAACUUAUCUUAUCCAGCCUGCUGACGUUUGCGAUUCUCCAACGACGUGGGGACAUUGAUGUGAAGCAGCUUGAUUUUCUUCUCCGUGGAAAGAAGAAGUUGGGUGUGCCGCGGCCAGAAACGGUGGUGGAGUGGUGUCCCGAACCAAACUGGGCAGCUGCACAGGCUCUUGCUGAGGUGGAGGGCUCGGUACCACCCUUCAAUCUUCUGCCAAGUGACAUGGCGGAAAAUAAUCGAUGGAGACAAUGGACCGAGACGGAGAAACCCGAAUUGGAGAAGAUGCCCUCUGAAUGGAAGAAUUUGACACAAUUUCAACGUUUACUCGUGUUGCGUUGCUUACGUCCAGACAGACUAACCUCCGCUUUGGAGACCUUUGUAUCCGACAGCAUUGGCCGCUUCUUUGUGUCUGACCAGACUGUCGAUAUCUCUGUUUCUAUUUCGGAGUCGACAACCACUACCCCACUGUUUUUUAUUCUUUCCCCUGGCGUGGAUCCUGUGAGGGCUGUCGAGGAGGCCGGUCGAAAGCUGGGCUUCACGUAUGACAAUGAACGACUGUAUAAUGUGUCACUUGGCCAAGGCCAAGAAAUCGUUGCGGAUCGGGCAUUGGAAAAGUGCUUCCUUCAUGGCGGAUGGGCGCUGUUAAACAAUAUUCAUCUUGUUCAGAAGUGGCUUCAAAGCUUGGAGCGUCGUCUGGAUAAUUACGCGGAAAUUUACACUCGAGUGGCACAGCUGAAAAAAGAACGGAAAGAGAGACGCGCGGCCGGGAAGAAAGUCCUGGAGGAGCCGGAAGAAGAACGGGAAGCUGAGGGGGAGGCAUUCCCCGAAGAAGUUUCCAAGGCCUCCGUUGAUGAAGGGGAGUUGGUGGGUGGAGACGAGCUGGAGUUCUCUGCAAUGGUGGAGGGUGGAGAAUUCGGAGAAGCAGAUGAAGAUGACGCCAAAGGAAAGGGGAAUCGUGAGAACGUGGAGGAAGACGAGGAAGAUGAUGACGAUGAUGAUAUUCCUUUUGAGGGUCCAAGGGGGCAUCCGGAAUUCCGUGUGUUCUUAAGUGCUGAGCCCUCCAAUUUGAUUCCCAUUGGUGUCCUGCAACGUUCCAUUAAACUUACUUCUGAACCGCCGACGGGCAUUCGAUCCAAUAUUGUUCGAGCAAUGACGAACUUUAGCGACGAACCAUGGGAAAAAAGUGCAAAGCCGACUGAAUUUCGCUGCAUUAUGUUUUCCAUGUGCUUUUUUCAUGCGGUGGUUGUGGAGCGGAAGAAAUUUGGUCCACUGGGCUGGAACAGGGUGUACCCCUACAAUGCGGGGGACUUGACCACAUGUAUGGAGGUGGCGGCAAAUUACAUCGAGGACCGUCCCAAGGUGCCAUGGGAAGACUUGAGAUAUGUUUUUGGUGAAAUUAUGUACGGCGGACACAUCACAGAUGACUGGGAUCGUGUCUUGUGCAUGGCGUAUCUUCGAACAUUUGUCGUACCAGAGUGUUGUGACAGUCUCCAGCUAGCACCUGGAUUGGAAGUGCCUGCGCCCAUGACUUACAAUGAAUAUAUGGACUGGUUAAUCAACGGUGAGGAUUUUCCACAAGAAUCUCCUCUUCUUUUUGGUCUUCAUCCAAAUGCCGAGAUUAACUACCGAACCGUUCAGGCGGAUGUCUUGUUCCGUACCAUCAAUGAAUUGCAACCGAAGCAGCACGGCGGAGGUGAUAUGUUAAGUGCCCAGGAAGUUGUGCAGCAAAAGAUUGAGGAGAUUCGUGAACGUCUUCCUGAGCCCCAUAAUCUGCAGGAUUUGGCUGAGCGACUUGAGGAUGAGCGGACGCCGCAACAACACGUUUUCUAUCAGGAGUGUGAGCGCAUGAAUCUUCUUAUUAGCGUUAUGAAAUCCACGAUUGAAGAGCUGGAUCUUGGUCUCAAGGGCGCCCUUUCAAUGACGACGCCCAUGCAGACAUUGUUUGAUGAGAUUUUCCUGGACAAGCUUCCUGCCGUUUGGGAAAAGGUUUCGUUUCUCUCCCUCCGGGCACUUGGGUCAUGGAUGGAGAACUUCCUUCUCCGAAAUGAUCAACUGGUCAACUGGAUCGGGGAGUUGCAGACACCCAAGGUGACGAAUAUCGCUCUCUUUUUCAAUCCCAUGUCUUUUCUCACGGCUAUUAUGCAAACGACUUCUAUUAUCAACAGCUUUGAUCUUGACCAGAUGGCAUUGGUGAUUGAUGUUCUAAAGAAGUCUGCCGAUCAGAUUGAGACGAGUGCCCGAGAUGGAUGUCAUGUGUCUGGUCUCUCUAUGGAGGGAGCCCGCUGGGACACGAGCUCGUCAUGUAUUGAGGAAAGCAGGAUGAAGGAGCUUUACCCCAAGAUGCCCAUCAUGACAGUGCGCUCACUGCCACUAUCCAAGAUCGACCGCCGUGAUCAGUAUGAGUGCCCUGUCUACAAAACUCAACAACGUGGCCCUGGCUACGUGGUUGGCUUCUGGCUUAAAACGAAGCAGCCCGCAAAGAAGUGGACAAUUGCUGGUGUGGGGCUUAUACUCGACGUGGUGGAAUAG